AAAACUUCAAAAGCACUCUCUCACCUCUUCGUUCGGAAGCAAACCAAAUCCUUUCGAAGUUUCUCUCUUCCAUCUUCUCUUCGACUCUUGCAUUGAAUUGAAUUCUUUACCAGAACUCUCUCUCUCUCUCUCUCUCUCUCUCCCUCUCUCAUUAUAGAUGGCAAUUUUUAAGGCGAAGAAGCGAGGGACGCUUGGAAUCUGGUACUGCAUUGUGGUGAUUUUGAUUUACGAGAGGAAGUGCGAUUCCGUGAGAUCUGACAAGGAAAUGAGGGAGAGGUUCUACGGGAACUUGUUGAACUCGUCCGCACCGGAUUCAAGCGACGGAAGCAUAGCCCAAAUGUUUGACCGGGUCCUCGAGAAGGAGUUCUCCGAGAAUGAUCAGCCUGAAGGAUCUGAUGCAAGCAGCUUCAAUAACAGUGUAGCCGAUCAACAAGCUGUACUGGAGACCGUAGCUAAAAUCACUCAUGAGAAGACCAAGAGAAAUGACACACAAGAAGGAAAUGGCACAAGGUCAUUCCAGUUCCAAGAUGUUUUUUCCAUAGAGAAUGAAGAUACUGAUGACAUGACUACCUUGAUUGACAAAAAGGACAAUGUCUUUGUGAUGUCAAACAAGAAAUCCAAAUAUCCAGUUCUUCAAGUAGAUUUGAGAUUGAUCUCAGACUUGGUGGUUGUCAUAGUUUCUGCUGCCAUUGGAGGAAUUGUUUUUUCCUGUUUGGGGCAACCGGUUAUUGUGGGCUAUCUUCUUGCCGGUUCGCUUAUUGGACCAGGGGGGCUGAAAUUCAUUAGCGAAAUGGUACAGGUUGAAACUUUUGCACAGUUUGGCGUUGUCUUUCUUCUUUUUGCUUUGGGGCUGGAGUUUUCUUUGACGAAGUUAAAAGUUGUCGGGCCUGUUGCUGUUCUUGGGGGGUUACUUCAGAUAAUCAUAUUUAUGUUCUUGUCUGGCAUAACUGCCAUGUUUUGUGGAGCAAAGUUGUCUGAGGGUGUAUUUGUUGGUUCAUUCUUAUCGAUGUCAUCAACAGCAGUGGUGGUAAAGUUUCUGGUAGAACGGAAUAGCAGUAAUGCUCUUCACGGUCAAGUUACGAUUGGGACACUUAUUUUUCAGGACUGUGCUGUUGGCUUACUAUUUGCCUUGCUCCCAGUUUUGGGGGGUAACAGUGGCCUUUUGCAGGGAAUGAUUUCAAUGGGAAAGCUGCUGCUGGUGUUGUCGUUAUAUCUCGCUGCUGCAUCUGUAUUAUCUUGGUCGUUUGUUCCUCGUUUUCUAAAACUGAUGAUGCAGCUAUCAUCCCAAACAAAUGAACUUUAUCAGCUUGCUGCUGUGGCUUUUUGCCUAUUAUCUGCCUGGUGCAGCGAUAAGUUAGGACUUAGUCUUGAGUUGGGUUCGUUUGUGGCUGGUGUUAUGAUAUCUAAUACUGAAUUUGCACAACAUACUUUAGACCAGGUUGAACCAAUUCGUAACUUAUUUGCAGCUCUUUUCCUUUCAAGUAUUGGAAUGCUCAUACAUGUACAUUUCCUAUGGAACCACGUUGAUAUAUUGCUAGCAUCUGUUAUUCUGGUUGUAGUCGUUAAGACAGCUGUUGGUGCUAUUGUUGCUAAGGCCUUUGGGUAUAGCAUGAGAACAUCAUUCCUUGUUGGUAUUUUGCUUGCUCAAAUUGGGGAAUUUGCUUUUGUUCUCCUAAGUCGUGCCUCAAAUCUUCAUCUUGUUGAGGGGAAGAUGUAUCUUCUUCUUAUUGGAACAACUGCUCUUAGUCUGGUAACAACUCCUCUCCUAUUUAAACUGAUACCUGCUGUAAUGAACUUGGGCGUUCUCAUGCACUGGUUCCCCUCCGAGAGCGACACACAGAAUGAGAUUCAGAUCACAAAGUUUAAAAGCUAUGGAGAAGCCAUUCUAUAGGUGCCAUCCUUUUUGUCUAUACGAGAUAAAAGGUAAAGCUUCCACGAUUGAAGUGCUUAACAGAUCAUUGUGACCUUCCACGUUGUUGUAGUCUGUAGUCAUAUGAUAUAUUGGUUCCACUGCCAAUUCCAUUUUUUGAGGUUUCAGCUGACUCGUGACUCGUGAGUAUAUUCAUUCCCCUGAAACUCAACUCAGAGUUGUAAUGUACAUAGGCAUUCAAUUUUGUAUGCUUAGUGUAUUAUAUAUAUAUAGGAAUUCUUUUAUGGCACUCUAUGACCUGAUUGAUAUCCAUAUUGCUGCUUUUACAAAGUCAGAUCAUGUAUAAUUCUGAUUAAUUAUGAUUUGUAUUGUAUAAGAUGUUGUAGAAAACCGAAGCAAAGAAACAGCUUUAAAAGCAUUUUAUGAGUUAAAUGAAAUAUAAUUAAUUUUUCUUA